AUGAAACCUUCUCAUUUCUAAAUACAUGGUUUAAUAGGUAAAGGAUCCUUUGGAGAAGUAUAUUUAGUGGAAAAAAAAGAAAAUUAAAUGCUAUAUGCAAUGAAAGUUUUACAUAAAUCAAAAAUUAUAAAUCAUAAUUUAACUAAAUAUGCUAUUACAGAAAGAAAUGUUAUGUCAUUAACUAAUCAUCCUUUUAUAGUUAAAUUAAAUUACGCUUUUUAGACAAACGAUAAACUUUUUUUAAUAAUGGAUUAUUGUCCAGGUGGUGAUUUAGGUGAGCAUCUUUAAAAAGAGAAAUAAUUUUCUGAAAACAUAGUUAAAAUUUAUCUUUCAGAAACUAUUUUAGCAUUAGAAAAUUUACAUAAAAGAGAUGUUAUUUUUAGAGAUUUAAAACCAGAUAAUAUUGUUUUAGAUUAAGAAGGGCAUAUAAGAUUAACUGAUUUUGGACUAUCAAAAGAAGGUGUUUUGGAUCAUUCUUCUGGUGCGAGAUCUUUUUGUGGAUCUGUAGCUUAUUUAGCUCCUGAAAUUUUAAAAAGGUCAGGUCAUGGAAAAGCUGUAGAUUGGUAUUUAUUAGGAGUUGUUAUGUAUGAACUUUUAGUAGGGAUACCACCUUAUUAUGCUAAUAAUAAAGAUGAUCUUUUUGAAAAUAUAGAAAAAGCUCCGCUAAAAAUACCUAAUUUUAUAUCAAAUGAGGCUAAAUCAUUAUUAAAAUCUCUUUUAUAAAGAAACCCGGCUAAAAGAUUAGGUUCAGGAAGUUAAGAUGCAGAAGAAAUAAAAAGUCAUCCAUUUUUUCAAGAUAUAAACUGGGAUGAUGUUUAUUAAAAAAAAUUAAAUCCUCCAAAUCCUAAAAGAAAGCUAAGAAUUAAAACAAUUAUAGAUGAUAAUAUUUUUAAAGAAGAUGAAGAUUAUAUUGAAACUUAAAAUUAUAUAGCCGGAUGGUCAUUUGCAUGUCCUUGA